GGCAGCGGGGCGGGGGGAGCGGCCGCGCGCGGGCCGUUAAACGGCUGAGGCGGGCGGCGGCGCGUUGCUCCUGCCUAAACCCGCCGUGUUUGUAGUUGACCCGUUUGUAGUGCCUGGAAGCCCGUGCUGCUGCCUUCAGCUUUGGGAGGGCACUAUGAAUGAAGAGCAGUUUGUUAACAUUGACUUGAAUGAUGAUAAUAUCUGCAGUGUCUGUAAACUGGGGACUGAAAGAGAAACGCUCUCAUUUUGCCACAUUUGUUUUGAGCUAAACAUCGAAGGAGUACCAAAGUCAGAUCUUCUACAUACAAGAUCAUUAAGGGGACACAGAGACUGCUUUGAAAAAUUCCACUUAAUAGCAAAUCAGGACUGUCCACGGUCGAAGCUAUCUAAAAGUACAUAUGCGGAAGUAAAAAAUAUCUUGAGCAAAAAAAUUAACUGGAUCAUACAGUAUGCACAAAAUAAGGAUUUAGACUCUGAUCCUGAAAGCUCAAAAACAUCUCAACACCAGUUUUUUAACUUUAGACAUCAGACUGAUAGAAAGUUACUACCACAAUUUGACUCCCCAGUACCUAGAUACUCUGCAAAAUGGAUAGACGGAAAUUCUGGAAGCAUCUCAAACUGUUCACAAAAUCUUUUGGAACACAGAGAAUCCACUGAUUUCAGACUUGAUAUGUUACAAGAAACAGGUGCUACCUUCUGUUGCAACAGUGUUUUGUGGUCUAAACACAACCAGCCUCAGAAAACUGAAAAAGCUGAAAGUGAUUCACAUACCAGCGUUCACAGAAGAGAUCCACAUUACAGUAGGGAAGAAUUGAAUAUGAUGACUCCUGGAGAGUUAAAACAACUUAAUGAAAAACUACUCAAGCAAAUCCAGGAUGUGUUUGAGGAGCUGACGCAGCAAGUCCAAGAGAAGGAUUCUUUGGCCUCAGAACUCAAUGUCCGUCACAUAGCUAUUGAGCAGCUGCUGAAGAACUACUCCAAAUUGCCGUGUCUACAAAUGGGGCGUGCAGGAGUGAAAUCAAAUGUCCCCAUAUAAAGGGAGUGCAACUUGCAUCUCUAGUGUUAACUUUCACUACCAGCUUUGUUAAUCAUGAAUUAGGGCUGAACAGGUAUUUAGAAGCUUUUGAGGAGACUUGGGCAGCUUUCUCUUUGCAUUCGUAAUCCAUAAGAAGUUUUAUUUCACUUCAGUUUUAACAAAAAAAGCAAACAUUUUAAGUAUUAAAAUCUACUGUAUAAGAUUUCUUCAUACUAGAAUUUUUUUUGCCCACAACUACGCAUGAGCCUUGAAAUGAAUUUUGUUUUGUUGAUAAUAAGUUCUUUCUAACAAAGAAUGGCCUGAGGCCUGUAAAUCUGGCAAGGUGAUACAGAGGAAGAAUACAAGUUUCAGUUUUGAUCAGGUCCGAUCGUGUUACAUCCAAGAGAGCUUUAAGGGCAGAGCAGUAUUAAAGAAACUCAUGUUUUCUUAUUUAUUAUGAGCAAUAUUUUGUUAUUGAAAUUUUAUACUAAAUAAAUGUUACUAUUUUAGGUACUUUUCCAGAUCUCUUUAUAAAAUGUCUGAAUUAUUAUAUGUAACGUUUAUGCCUUGUGUAUGAUUGUUUAUCCUCUUUCAGGUCUGUAUCUUUUAUGAUACACUUAAAAAAAAAAAAAAAAAAAAUCUUGUUUCCCAAAGAGAUGUAUUUCACAUGUUUAAAAAAAAUUGUGGUGGUGCAUCACUUAUUUUUUAUCAACUUUAUAACUUAAAUUGGUUCAUGAGAUACGGAUUAUAUCUUGUAAAAAAUAAAAUAAGAAUAAAAAUAAG